ACUUUCGGGGAUGGCCGUUGAUGUUUUGCACACGAGUGUCCACGAGCCUGUGUCCCCAGACACACACUCCGGCCCAUACUCAGGUGCACAGAAAGACAAGCACACAGCUCAUCCCCUCUCCAAAACUCUCAGUUGUCAUUGGAUGACAUCAGCAAAACCACACACAAAUACAUGCCGAUCACAAUACUCCUCUGAGAUAUCAUAAGCCCCAUUUUACAGCAGGGCAAACUGAGGCUAGGAGACUUUAAAUAAUAUGUCACUCAUUCUGGUCUACUCCUCCAACUCUCAACCCUUAUAUUUGUCUGAUUAGCUGACAAUAAUAGUAUUCGUGCUGGUUCCCCCAGCAGCCUCCCUCAGGGAAGGGUCUUAUUUCCCUCGAAUGCACCCAUUCCUCCGCAUAGGUUCUAACCAUUUGCCCAUUCACCAGAGGAAUCGAGUUUUGAUGGACAGAUUCCUAGACCAAUAGACAAACUAAGUGAACUGUACCGAUGCGGCCACGGCCUGGGCGGGACUAAGGCUGGGAACGAGCCACCGAUUGGUCAGAGCUACGCGGCGAAUGGCGGAGACGCUGAGGCGGGUGCUAACCAGGGGCGGUGCGGCCUGGUCCGGGGAGGAGAACACGCCUGCCGCCGGACCGCCUUUGCUGCUGCUCGGUACACCAGGAUCUGGAAAAACAGCGCUGCUAUUUGCUGCGGCCCUAGAGGCGGCGGGGGAGGGCCAAGGCCCAGUCCUCUUCCUGACACGAAGGCCUCUUCAAAGCAUGCCCCGCGGGACCGGAACGACUCUAGACCCAAUGCGACUCCAGAAGAUCCGCUUCCAGUACCCACCCUCAACCCGAGAGCUUUUCCGGCUCCUGUGCUCUGCCCAUGAGGCCCCGGGGCCAGCCCCCUCCCUUCUGCUGCUCGACGGCCUAGAAGAGUACCUAGCGGAAGACCCAGAGCCCCAGGAAGCCGCCUACCUCAUUGCCUUACUUCUAGACACAGCUGCCCACUUCAGCCACCGGCUUGGGCCUGGCCGGGACUGUGGGCUCAUGGUGGCCCUCCAGACCCAGGAGGAGGCAGAUAGUGGGGACGUCCUGCACCUGGCACUGCUCCAGCGGUAUUUUCCUGCCCAGUGCUGGCUGCAGCCAGAUGCACCAGGUCCAGGAGAGCACGGCCUCCGAGCCUGCCUGGAGCCAGGCGGGCUGGGCCCCAGAACAGAGUGGUGGGUGACUUUCCGAUCAGAUGGAGAAAUGAUGAUCGCUCCGUGGCCCACCCAGGCUGGUGACCCCAGCUCAGGCAAGGAUUCAAGCUCUGGAGGCCAGCCCUGAGCUUUGGUGGGUGACUACCUCUCUGUGCUUCAGUUUCCCAUGGCUGGAAUACUUACCUCAGGGACAUAUGCAGAUCCAAAGACCUAAACAAUGUAAAGUGCUUUUUCUCUUUUAAAAGUAUAGCAUUAUCUUGUAUAUAUUUUACCCAAUCAAUAUGUUGUUUAUAGUUUCAUUGCUUUAAACUUUAUAAAAAGAGCUUCAGGCCAGGCGUGGUGGCUCACGCCUGUAAUCCCAGCACUUUGGGAGGCUGAGGCGGUCAGAUCACCAGAGGUCAGGAGUUGGAGACCAGCCUGCCUAACAUGAUGAAACCCUGUAUCAACUAAAAGUACAAAAAAAAUUAGCUGGGUGUGGUGGCAGGUGCCUGUAGUCCCAGCUACUCAGGAGGCUUAGGCAGGAGAAUUGCUUGAACCCAGAAGCGGAGGUUGCAGUGAGCCGAGAUUGUGCCACUACACUCCAGCCUGGGUGACAAAGCGAGACUCCAUCUCAAAAAAAAAAAAAAAAAGUUUGAGACUUCCUUCUUUUUGCACUCAACGUUGUUACUAAGAUUCAUCUACAUUUUUUUUAGUUCAUUCCUUUUUCCAUAUUGCAUAU